UAAAGCAACAUGACUGGAAUAAAGAGAAGAUUCUCCAUAGAUGAUAAGCGGAGAUUGCUGGAGUUGUACGAUCAGCUUCCCGCAAUGAGCCAGAGGAAAGCAGCGGCCACGUUAAACGUGGCUCCGUCUCUGCUCUGGACCUGCCUGCACAACCGGAACACCAUCAUGAAAGGAGAAGUUUUACCCCGCAAGAAAGCGCCUCCACGCUGCUGUAAGUUCCCCCGCCUGGAGGCAGCGUUGUGGAAGUGGAUCGAUCACUGCACGCUUAGCGGGGAUCCCAUAAACGAUCUCAUGAUCCACCGGAGAGCAGUAGCUCUGGCAGCGCGCAUGGGCCUGACACGCUUCCGAGCCAGUCCGAACUGGUACAGUGGAUUUAAAACCAGAGAGGCAGUGGUGCGAGAGAGGUAUCGGAUCUACCCAGAAGCGGAUCCGAAUCAUCAACCCAAACCAGACACAAACGGAGCCGGUUCUGUUUCUCCUGCCCCAACCCCAACAUCAGAUCCGGACUCCCAGUGUGUACAAGAGACGCCUGAUGAAGCCUCCACACCAUCUGUAAUCCUUUCAGAUCAGGAGGAGAUCAGGACUGCACCCACUGUGACCAGCACUGAUCUGGAGGAUGACCUGCAGACCAUCACGGUACCUUCUGUACACCAGAUGAAGGAGGCUAUGAACACUCUUGCUACUGGAUUGUUAUACAGAGGAUUUAGUGAUUUUAAACUUCUCCACCAGUUUAAGAAAGAAGUUGAAAACGUCGUAAAGAGAUCAGUGGCACUAGGAUGUAAGGACAGUUUCAUAGCCUGA